AUGUCGCUCCUUCGCUCCUCCCGUGUUGCUAGCGGCUCGCUCCGCACCGCCACCCGCGGCUUCACCUCCUCCGCCAUCCGCAGGGACCACUUCCUGAACGCGUCCGACUCCGAGUUCAAGGCUCGUUGCGUCGAUGACAAGUCGGACAAGCCUGUCCUCGUUGACUUCUAUGCUACCUGGUGCCAGCCGUGCCGCGUUCUGACCCCGCUGCUGAAGGAGGUCACCGAGCCGGGAAGCGGAUACGACCUGAUGACGAUCAACGUCGACGACCACCCCGACCUCGCGGGUCAGUUCAAGGAUCAAGGCGCUCCUGAUCGACCUGAACGGCACGCUGCACGUCGGCAAGGAGCUGACUCCGCGUGCUGCGCAGGCCGUGGACCGUCUCCGCAAAGCCAAGAUCCCCUUUGUGUUCUGGAGUCAGAGCCGCGCCUCCUGAAGAAGUUGGGGGCUAUGGGUCUGUCGGCGACGCAGGACGAGCUCAUCACGAGUAUCGGCGCGUGCCGUGCGCUAUGCGAGAAGAGGGGACUUCGGUACGUCCUCUUUGCUCCUCUUCCCACUGACAACAGUCCAUACCUGUUACUCUCGCCCGAAGCAGCCGAGGAGUUCGCCAACGUCCCCACAUCCCCACCAUACGAUGCGGUCGUGAUCGGCCUGCACCCCCCGUCCUUCGCUUACGAGCCGCUGAACACGGCCUUCCGCGUGCUCACGGGCGAGCCGCUGCGCGACGCCCAGCCCGCAGACAGGAAGCCCGUGCUCAUCGCGCCCCACACGGCCGCAUACCUCCAGGCCCCGGCCGAGGGGCCGUUCCCCGCCGGCCUGUCGCUGGGUAUUGGCGCGUAUGUCGCUGCAUUGGAGACAGCGGCGAACACACAGGCCGAGGUGGUGGGGAAGCCGACGCGGGCGUUCUUCGAGCUCGCACUUGAGAAACUUGGUCUGCAGAAAGACGUGGAAAAGGGCGAGGUGGCCAUUGUCGGGGACGAUGUCAAGAAUGACCUCGGCGCUGGCGCGAGAGAGUUGGGCCUGCAGAGGGUGCUUGUAAAGACGGGCAAGUACCGGCCCGGCGACGAGGACGGCGCUCAGCCCGAUCGGGUGCACGAGACAUUCGCCGAUUUCGUCGAUGCGCUCCUCCAGGAGCAUGCAUAG